AUGUUCAUCAUUAUCUUUAUCAUCAUUGUCGUCGUCGUCACCAUCAUCAUCAUCGCCACCAUCAUUACUAUCAUCAUCAUCGUCGUCGUCAUCAUAAUCAUCCUCAUCAUUUUUUCAGAGGAACGCGUGCAAGAGGUCAAGGACAUUGAAGAAAAGUACCCCAACAAAAUUCCUGUGAUAUUUGAAAAAUCGGUCAAAGAAAAGGUUCUGCCAAAUUUGGAUAAGAGCAAAUUUCUCCUUCCACAAGAUAUGACUGUGGCUCAGUUCACUGCUGUUUUCAGAGAACGGAUAGGAAUACCUCCGGAACAUGCAUUCUUCCUAAUCGUCAACAAAACAACGGUAGUUAGUAUGGAGAAAUCCCUGAAAGAACUUUACGACAAGCAAAAGGACGACGACGGCUUUCUCUACGUCACCUACGCUUCUCAAAAUGCGUUUGGCGGCGAUGUUGUGGCUGCUGUGGCUGUUGCUGAUGAUGAUGACGUCGAUGAUGAAGAUGGAGAUGAGAAUUGUGAAAAUGAUUAUGGUGAUGAUGAUGACGAAAAUAAAAACGAAGAUGAAAGUGAUGAUGUUGAAUGCUGA